UGAACUAAAGAGGACUGCACAAGUUGAAUGUUCACACAACUUUCAGUACACUACAAGCUGAAGUAUAGGCUAUCCAGUUGAAGAAUGGGGGGACUGACUCUGACCCUGCUGCUGCUGUGUCUGUCUGGGACUCUCAGUGAAGAUGCUGGAGAAGACAACCUCAAUGACAUCAUGGUACAGAUUCAGCCUGAACAGGGACAGGACAUAGAGAAUGAAUACAAGACUCACAACCAACACUCUGAACAGGAACAGGACAUAGAGAAUGAAUACAAGACUCACAACCAACACUCUGAACAGGGACAGGACAUAGAGAAUGAAUACAAGACUCACAACCAACACUCUGAACAGGAACAGGACAUAGAGAAUGAAUACAAGACUCACAACCAACACUCUGAACAGGGACAGGACAUAGAGAAUGAAUACAAGACUCACAACCAACACUCUGAACAGGAACAGGACAUAGAGAAUGAAUACAAGACUCACAACCAACACUCUGAACAGGGACAGGACAUAGAAAGUGAAGUUAUUUUCAAACAGAAUCAAGCACCAUCCCUAGCAGAGACAAACGUUCAAGCAGCCCAGCUCAGAGUCAUGGAGACCAAGCUGAGCACCAGUGAGAGCCUGAUGAAGAGCAUGAAGAGAGAGAAUGAAGUACAGGAGAGGAAGCUUCAAGUAUUGUCAUUUAGAGUCGACGCCACUGAGUUCAGAGUGGAGCAACAGCAAAUCCUGCUGGAUGAACUGAGGAGACAGAGUGAAGACGGACCAAAGAUUGCUUUUACGGCAGCACUAGGAGGAGAUGGCCAUACACCGCCCUCUGAGAGAGAGACCAACUUGGCAUUCAGCAAUGUCUUCACAAACGUUGGCAAUGCUUACAACCCUGGAUCAGGUGUCUUCAAUACGCCAGUGAAAGGAGUCUACUACUUCAGCUUCUCAUCAUUUGCCAGUAGCCAGCACAACGUCUGUGUAAGUCUGUUUAAGAAUAAUGUGCGCAUGUUGUCUGCGUGUGAUCAUCAUACAGAGCAUGAUAGCUCUGAUAGUUCUGGUAAUGGAGGGACACUACAUCUAGAACAGGGAGACCAUGUCUACAUGACUCUUCAUGCUCAUUCACACAUAUUUGCAGACUUCCACAACCGCAGCACAUUCAGGGGCUUCCUGCUUUUCAGAACAUAAGGAUAAAUCCCAUGAAAAUAAAAAUGUAAUGUGUUUCAAAUGGCACACUAUUCCAUAUAUAGUGCACUACUUUUGACCAGGACCCAUAUAUCUCUGGGAAAAAGUAGUGCUCUAUAUUGGGAUUAGGUUGCCAUUUGGGAUUUAGCCAUACUGUAUGUCAGCACAUUUCCAUGGGUAAAAUACAAUGUUCAAAUUAGUAGAACUAAAAAUAAAUGACACAUUUUGUCUGAAAAUAACUAUUCUACAAUAAGAGUUUGUUUGUGAAAGUAGUGUGAUAUAAAACAAAAUGUUUUGACUCUGUCCAAACUCUUUCUGAGAAAUGCUCUGUAAUGUUUUAAAGGAACUGAUUAAUGGAAAAUGAACACAUUUGAGAGAUUGCCAAAUGAUUCCAGAGUUAGCAUAGGAAUGUUGUGUGACAUAAAAUAUGGAUUUUAACUCGAAAUAUGAUGGAAUAAACCUGAGAUAUUGUCAAAUCAAA